CGGAUAGGAGCGACUAGCGAGAAGCCAAGCGGCUUGGCACCUCAGCCUGCUGCCUCUGCUCGCUCUCUUCGCCCUCUUUCUGCACUAAUCCUCGGCUCAGGCAGCCAAUAUUCUGUCUAGCGUUGAGAUGGCGGACAACGUCCUCAUCGACCGAUCAGCCAGCGGCUUUGAGUUCCGGCGCUGGGCGGCCGGCGACGAGUUCCAGAGCCUCGCCACCAUGAGCGUGCUGCAGCCUGACGCUCGCGGUAUCUACAGUUCCUUACCAUACGUUUCGCCGCUGCCUCCGUUCCAGUACGCGGCGUACCUGCACUCUUCGCUCUCCCUCCCACCGCUGAAUCCUCGCCGCCACCCGCCUCUCCUCCCGCUCCCGCCGGCAGCUGCUGCUAAAGGGAUGAAGCAGGCGGCGCAGAGGAGGACGGGGCCGAGAGAGUGCAAGAGGAAGAAGCCGCCGCGGACGCCGAGGCUGGGGGAAGAGCCUCCGAGCGCGCAGCGCAGGAAGCCGCUGGAGCGUGCCACGCCGCUGCCGCCCGCGCCCGCGGUGCACGAGGCGCUGGACGACCUUGAGCGCCAGGUGACCAUGGGGUUCGUCGAGGACCUCAAGCACGCGCUCGCGCUCGCUCCGCCGCCAAGCAGCCUACCGCUGCCCACCUUCUCACUUGUCAGAGCUGCGGCUGCCGCAGCCAAGGCCGUGCCAUCCUGUACUGUGUAACCACUGCACAGUGCGGCGAGCCAACCCCCGUACCGGCGACGGUAUCCAGCACCGCCAGUCGUCUUCCUUUCUCCAAGACUUUUUCUUUGGAUGGAUCGGAAGAAAAAUGCUACAAGGCAUUAUUCUUUUUCUUUCAUAAAAGAAGGGCGGCUAUUUAAUUACUCCCUUAUUUUCUUUACAGUCCCUUUUUUAUUUCGUCUUAUAUAUGGCUGUGAUGUGAAAGUGAACCUAAUUUAUAUGGUCGUUUGCAUCACAUAUCCAAAGUUAACUUCUUGAUGGGAAGUCUGUUUUUAUUGGCUUGUAUCAAGAAUUCAAGAUUAAGAUAAGUUGUACGCUUCAUUAUGUGUCGGUGACAAAAUACAUACAUUAUGCUUUGUCAUUU